AGGUGAGGCUGCAGAAGGCCUACACAAGAUCCUUGGAGCUGCGCUCAGCCUCGUCUCACCUGAGCAACCACCAACAGCCGACCAUGAACACCAUGAAGACAGCGCUCUCCCUGCUCGUCCUCUAUGUCACCGUGUACUCCGCCAUCGCCAAGUACAUCCCAAAGACGGGCAGGAGGGUCCCGCAGACACUGUCCAGAGGAUGGGGGGACCAGCUGAUCUGGGCUCAGACCUACGAGGAGGGUCUGUACUGGUCCAGGUCCAGGAACAAGCCCCUGAUGGUGCUGUUCCACCUGGAGGACUGCCCCCACAGCCAGGCAUUUAAGAAGGUCUUCGCUGACGACGACAAGAUCCAGAAGAUCCUGGAUGAGGACUUCAUCGUGCUCAACCUCAUGUAUGAAACCACAGACAAACACCUGUCUCCUGAUGGACAGUACGUCCCUCGGAUCCUGUUUGUGGACCCCUCCAUGACCGUGAGGGCCGACAUCAACGGUCGCUACGGCAACCGCUUGUACGCUUACGAAACCGGAGACACACCACAGCUGCUGGGUAACCUGCAGAAGGCCAAGAAGCUCCUGAAGUCUGAGCUGUAAAUGCUCUGGGAGGGGGGACAACGCCGGGGCCACGCCAGAACCACGCCGGGGCCACACCGGGACCACGGAGCCUCAGCAUGCCAGUUUACACCCAUGAAAUCAAGCGCUGGACGGUUUCCUGUCCUCCCUUCCAUGUUUCCUCUUUUAUUCCUCUCACAUGUUGUGUCUCGUUUGUCUUUUCAAUAAAACCCUUGUUACUGUA